UUCACCUACGACGGAGAACGGUUACUAGAUCUCGACAGUGUCAGAAGAAUCAUCUCUAGUUUCGUCGAAAAGGAGAAAAACGUCGGUGUUUUCAACGGUGGAGACUUCAACAGAGGACUCUGCUCUGUUACACUACAGAGAGUCGCUAAAACAGUUGACUCUUACUUAGCAGAGAUCGCUACUUACGGAGAGCUAACGAUCUCCAAGUUCAACGCGAUCGCCAACCUUGUCCCCAAAUCCGCUAGAAAAUCAGACGACGAUCUCUACAGAGCUAUAGACAUCUUCUUGAAAGCUCAUCCGAACCUAGACGAGAUCGAAAGAGAGAAAGUGUGUAGCUCAAUGGACCCUUUAAAGCUUUCGUACGACGCACGUCUCCACGCUUCACAGAACAAGAGACUACCAGUAAACAUAGUUCUU